AUGUCCGACUUAAACCUAUCCAAUGUGGUAUGGAUCUCCAUAAAACCGCUCAUCAAGGUUCUACUCCCUACCGUAGUAGGCGCAGCGAUGGUCAAGUACAGAAAGCUCGAUCAAGAUGGCUUGAAGGCGGCUGCUCACAUCCAAAUCUAUGGAGCUCUUCCGUGUUUAAUGUUUUCCAAUAUCGUCCCAUCGAUCACUGCACAAAACUCUCCCCGAAUCCUGGUCUGCGUCGGAUUUGGCCUUUUCUACAUGUUGAUGAGCUAUCUUCUUUCCAAGAUUCUUCUGAUGGCUGUCCCUGUGCCUAACAACUUUCGAAACGGAUUCGUGGUGGCUGCUGUUUGGUCUAACUGGGGCAAUAUCCCGAUGAGUGUGAUACAAUCCCUGGCAGCUGGGCCGCCGUUUGGAAAGCCGGAGGACGUCGAGAUGGGUGUUUCGUAUGCGUCAUUCUUUGUAAUGGUGUACAAUGUCAUGAUGUUUGUGGGACCGGGGACAAAGAUGAUUGAUCGAGAUUACAUGAGCACUGAAGAAGACACUAUUACAACACCAUAUCUGCCAUGUAAUUCUACGUUGAACCAAACUCAGCGACCUACUACCGAUGAACAGCCAGGACAAGAUGGCGAAGAUCAUCGGACCAUAACAGAUGCUUCUGAGAUGCGAGCCGAACAUCAAUUUUCAAGUCCAGAAGGUCUAGCAAAUAAAGGCAUUUUGACACGUUUAUUCGAUCAGCUGUCACCGGUCAUUGUAUCGCUAGUAUUUGGGACACUUGUUGCAGUGGCGCCACCGUUGAAAGGAUUGUUCACAGUCCCAAAAGAUCAUGCGGUCCAAAAACCCACCACACCCGAUGGAAAGCCACUACUCUCAGUGAUCCUAGAUUCCACCGAAUAUCUAGGGGCAGCCGCGAUUCCCCUCGGGUUACUUGUGACUGGUGCAAGCUUUGCCAACAUGUCUAUCCCACGAAGGUCUUGGCACAGAUUACCGCUGAGGGCUAUAUUGGGAUUGAUGAUCAUCAAACUAGUCUUUCUUCCGGCCCUCGGAGUCGUGGCGGUUUCAUUAAUCGACAGGUCUACAGGUUUUUUUGAUGGCGAAGAGGGAAGGAUUUUGAAAUUGAUAUGCCUGUAUUACUCUUGCACCAUCACUUCAACAAAUCAAAUCUCCUUAACGUCGAUUGCUGCUGGGAUCUUUUUGAAGUCUGGAGAACAUUCAAACGAAGUCGCUAGUAACGUUGAUUUACUUUGUUCUUUUGUAGCCAUACAGUAUUUGAUUUAUCCCUUUGUGGGCACAUUUUUCAUAGGUUUGAUCAUCAAAAUGGUCUCAUGA